GCUCAAUAUCUCCUUGUGCAGAAACCCUUUGACUAUAAUGUUCAUGAAGCUUGAAUGUUCAAUCCUUCCCAAACAAACAUAAUUGUUUCUCUUCACUGUGUUUUCUUAAAUCAUCUUUAUUAUUCAGAUUAUUUUUUUCUAGCACAAAUCGACCCGGUAAAUAUUUCGCGUAAGUUUCCUGCUGAAUGAGAUAGUCUUGACUAUUAUUUUCAAUUUUUUUAUGAUAAGAGUAUGACAGUAAUAUAUAAAAGAGUUUGAUAGUUCUGUUGUUGAUAAUAUCUUCAUUACAAUAUAGGGUCGCUAGAUUUGUUUAACCAAGAUAUGUAUACAUGGUCUGAACUGGUUUGUCCAGGCAAGAGUAAGAUUAAUUAUUGUCAGUCUAUUAUCAUAAAAAUUAAGCGAAAAAUAAUGAGAUUUCUUGCCGCCUUAGCCUGCUAGCAUAGAAAUAAAUAAAUUGUUAUCUGAUGACUAAUUAUAAGUAUUCUCUGCAAACAUUUUUGAGAAGGGUCAUGGAGGAAAGGUUGAAUGAGGUUGCUAGGAUAGGAAAUAUUGAUUUGUUGUAUGAUUUGAUUCGGCAGGAUCCAUGUAUGCUGGACCGUGUGGACGAAUCGCCAUUUGUUGAGACGCCUUUGCAUGUAGCUGCAAUGGCAGGGAACGUUCGUUUUGCAAUUGAAAUGAUGAGGCUUAAGCCAUCUUUUAGUCGGAAGCUGAAUCCAGACGGGUUUGCCCCCAUCCACACCGCUUUGCAGAGUGGUCAUGGUGAUCUUGUGAUUCGUAUGAUAAACGUUGACAGAGAACUAGUGAGAGUGCAAGGGAAAGAAUGCAAUACUCCGUUGCAUUUUGUGGCGGAUCAGGAAGGAAAUGUUGAGCUGAUGGUUGAAUUGUUGUUGGCUUGUCCGGAAUCAAUCCUGGAUGUUAAUGUCAGAAAAGAGACUGCACUGCAUAUUGCUGUUAAGAACAAUAAAAUCGAUACUGUUAAGGUUAUGCUGGAGUGGUUGAAAUUGUUAGAUUCUGUAUUUGUUAUGGGGUGGACUGAUGAAGAAAGCAAUACUAUUCUGCAUAUUGCAGCCUCCAGAAAUUAUAUCCAGAUGGUGAAGAUGUUGAUUCCCAAGACAGACCUAUACGCGAGGAAUUCAAGAGGAUUGCAGGCUCUAGACACCAUGGAUGCCCAAGCCCGGACCAUGUUGCAGAAGGACAGGAAGCUGAAAAUAGCGCGUUGGUGGGUUCAGACAAAAUCAUAUGACAAUGAAACAGUUUUCUGCGAUACAAACAACAACUCAUCACUAGUAAAGUCAUUAAAGAAGGGAUUUCCAUGGUACAAAAGAUGGAUCUUCUCAAACCACCGCAUAAUUUCCUUGGCAGAUAAAAAUGGUAUACUGGUGGUUGCUGUGCUAAUAGCGACGAAUGCAUAUCAAGCUGUGAUCACCCUUCCCACUAUAUUCGACAACCAGUUUAUAGCUGCAAGCUCACAUUACUAUCUUUUCAUCUUCCAGUUAUUCAAUGCUGCAACUUUCAUUGCCGCAAUGUCCUUGAUUCAGGUUCUACUGCCUCGUGGUGUUUCUUACUCGGUACAAUUGAUCAUGCCCAUCAUUGUGUGCUACUUUGUCGGGAUCUAUCUCCCUAACCUUGAAGGACAGAUCCUGCUGUUUACACUUGCGUUGUUCGUUUUUCAGUUACUGUGGCAUGGCAGACUGGAUACAAACGGUAACAGGAGAGACAGACACUCAUUACUGAAACACUCCGCAAGCUUUAGCAAAGAAUUAGAGAGAAAAGGAUAUCGUUAUCAGUAGUCGUCAU